CAAUCGGUGCCUACCGCACCUAACAGUCAUCACGGGUAUUAUCCAAUCAUUCCCGAUCCCUUUAUAAAGGUUUUCCAAGAUGUCUCAAUUCGAUUUUGGACGAAAGUUUCUCGAUAACUUCAACCCGGAGAGAAGCUUGGAAUUCUACCCCGAAGGCCGUCGUCCUCCAAAUGUCGUCCGCGAACAAUCAGAUGUUUCGAUUACGACAAAGUCCAAUAAUUACAACUACGGCAUAGAUCUAGUCGAAGAACACAACGCUGCACUCCUCUAUUCACAGCCAGAUACUAUGUUCCCUGGCUUUGUGGGCGGCGCAUUUGAGCCACACGAUGAACCAAGCAAUACCGAAGCAGAUCUACAGCUAGAGAAUGAAAUCGGAAUGGGCGCGGCAGAGGCAAUGUGUGAACAGAUCCACGAAGCUAUGCAUUCCACUGGGCCUACGCACUCGAGGCCUUGGCUUCCCUCUGGUGACUUGCACGCUAUCAGCCACCGGAGUCGUGUCAAAGCUGUACUUCGACAACACUUCUCUGAGCCAACGUUGACUAGCCUUACUGACUAUGUCUGCGGUACUGAAACAGCGACACACAAGGGAGGUGACACAAGUCAAAGGAUAUUCGUCAUUUUGGUUCUGAUCCGCAGAAUUGUGACGUUACCGGCGCUAAUGAAGGAUGAUUUGCGUGAUCGUGACCUACCUUUCGAGUGGCUCAACCCUGCAUCCCGGGAUCAACUCAUCAGUCCCAAGUCUCAGUUUGCGAACAAGGCUCUUCCUUGCUUCGAAAGGAGAGGAAAAGGUUUACUGAGAGAGUUCUAUGAAAACCAGUGGAAGAUACUUGCUCCUAUUAUUGAUCGCGACAAACACGGAGAGGUGACCACCUUUCAUUUGGCUGAAGAAGUCAUCAUGCCCUGGACUUUCAUUGGGGAUGAGAGAAAGGAGGGAAGUUUCUCUAUGGUCCGCAAAGUUGAGAUACACCAAGAUCAUCAUUCUUUUCACACUCACAAAGCAUUCGCACUGAAAACCCUGCUCCAAACAGACCCUGACCAAGCAGAAGAUGAGUUCGAGCAAGAGCUCAAGGCCUUUACCAAAAUGAUACCGGGAGACCACAUUCUUGAUCUUCGCGCGACUUUCAAGAUUGGAGACAAAUACUCGUUCUUGUUUCCCUGGGCAGAAGGGGGCAACUUGAAACACUUUUGGAAUAAGUGCCCUACGCAGGUGCAAAAGCACGCUCACCAACCCGACGUACUUCUGCGUUGGGUGGCCGAGCAAUGCCACGCGCUAGCAGCGGCUCUGCAAAGCAUCCACGAGGUUCGCGUAAAAGCACUCAAACGAGCAAAUCGGAUACCCCAAAAUGAAGACGCUGACAGAGACAUCUACGGAAUCCACGGCGAUAUCAAACCCGAGAACAUUUUGUUGUUCAAUCACCUGGAUAAUCCACUGGGGAUCGGCACUUUGAAGAUUGCCGACUUUGGCCUCACAGAGUUUCAUAGGCUUACAUCGCGAACGCGGUCGUUCAAUCAUGGGUCCGAUGCCCGACAGCCCGCGCCUACCUACGAAGCGCCUGAACUUGUACAGCUUGGGGAAGUGUACUCCAGGAAGGCUGAUGUGUGGGCCCUUGGCUGCGUCUUCUCUGAGUUCUUGACCUGGGUCGUUCGCGGGCACUUGGCUGCGGGAGAGUUUGGACAAGCCCGUGCUAUGGAAAGAGAUUGGGACGACUCUAAGAAGCGGUUCAGAUGGGCAGAAGACAAGUUCUUUGUGGCAACUUAUAAUGAUGGCGGAGUUCCCGGAGCGGUCCGGACUUCUUUGAAACUUGCCGUGGACAAUGUAAGUUUUGGUGUUACUCAUCUAGAAUCGACAGUAUCAAGGUACUUUGUCUACUUUGUCACGACCCGCUAACCGAGAUCAACGUAGUGGCUUGAUGAACUUCAUCAAGAAUCAAAGACCGAGGAAGCAAACUU